GUUGAACCCUGAGAACCGAUAAUUCCGUCGGCAUUCAAACGGAACUAACGCUAAAUGAGAACCAUCGAACAGUCUAAACGAUAAAGCAUCGUUCUCUUUGUAAAAGAAAGUGGUAUGGCUGAUUCUCUUCUUCCAUCAACUCCCAUUACUUGCUCAAGCACCACCUCGUGCAAACUCAGUUCCUUUACUGGGCUUGAGUCAUGAAUUCAUGGAAAAGUAUUGGUAUAUAUAAUGAAGGGGAUCCUUCUUCAGCUGGUGCUUUAAGCGCAAUUUCUUUUGAUCCGUUUUAUGAAUUGCUAUGGACUGGUUUUGAAAAUGGUCAAAUAAAAUCGAGUUAUGGUCCUCUCUUUUGUCCUUAUGUUCGUUCGGUUGCCCACUCCUCGAGAGUCGGUCAAGUCUUACCAAACGAACGAGGCGUAUACAGCAUUUCGGGCAAUUCUUUGCGUCUGAAUAACAGAAAAGGAACACCUAAAUGGGAGUUUAAAGAUCCUGACGCUGUUGACUUCCAAAGUAUGAUCUUUCAAAACAGGACAAGUCCCGAAAUAGUAAUUGGCGGCUACCAACAAAAAAUCAUGGCGAUCAAUGCCGACAGGGGAACUGUGACACAUAAGAACAAAUAUCCAUCAGACGUAUUUAUUAUGCGAAGAAAUCGUUUACUCUGUUGUGGUUCUGGAAACGGCGAGGUUGUUCUUUACGACCCGUCUUCUUUUCAGCCGAUUACUAAACUGGUUGCUCAUACUGGUGCACUGUCUGAUUUGGAUACCUCUGGCAACUUGUUAUUGACAUGCGGCUACUCUGUGCGUCAUGGCUCUUACAUAAUUGAUCCAUUUGUCAAGGUUUGGGACCUACGAAAUCUAUCCUCGCUUGUACCUGUACCCUUUCCUUCUGGCCCAAGUUUGGUCAGAAUGCAUCCAAAGCUUUCAACUACAGCUAUUAUUUGUUCUGCUACUGGACAGUUCCACAUUGUUGAUACUGGCAAUUCUAUCGACGCAAAACUGCAGCAGGUUACUUUAAAUUCUUACCUCACAAAUAUGGACGUUUCCUCCUCUGGUGACGCCAUUGCAUUUACGGACAUGGAGAAUAAUGUUCAUCUAUGGGCAAUGCAGGAUUCACCUUCUUUCAGUGAAUUUAAGUUGCCCGUUCCCUGGGAAGAAAAUACUCAUGAAGUAAAUCUUGAGAUGAACGAUGAUACACCCCUUAACUCUAUUGGAAUGCCAUUCUACAAAGAAGAGCUUCUGUCUGCAUGGUCAGGCUAUUCAGUUGUCGAUGCAGGAAAGCCAGAUAUUUCGUCGAAUGAUCUGUUUGCAGCCCAACUUUCAAACAAAGCCGUCCCUUCCUCUCAGGAUAUGAAAGUUACUCGAAGAAACCAAACAGUUGAAGUACCAUGGCUUGGAAGAUGCCCCCCUCAAAAUACAGCAACCCCGAGAUUCCGCAGUGAACGUCAAAAGGAUAUUAUUAAGGGUAGUGAUCAUCCCGAUAAUGUUAGUUUCUUUGAGGAACUUGAAGAUUCAGAAUCAGGACCUACUACCAUUCCACUUUUCUACAAAAAGCCAGAGAUUCGAUACAGCAAGUUUGGAAUUGAGGAUUUUGACUUUGCAUUUUACAACAAAACAAGAUUUGCGGGCUUGGAAACCGAUAUUGCGAAUUCUUACUGUAACCCGGUUUUGCAACUCUACAAUUACAUUCCUGUUUUUCAACGUGCAGCUAUUCUGCACUCAAUGGGUUCCUGUCCCUUAAUGAACUGUUUACUGUGCGAACUCGGUUUCCUUUUUGCCAUGCUGAAGGACAGUAAUGGUCAAAAUUGUCAAGCAACAAACUUUCUUCGUACUUUCUCCGCUUCCUCAUUAGCACGCACAGUGGGCAUUGUUUUUGAUGAGGAAAAUGAAGUUAAUAUUCAGACAAGUGCUGUCAUCCAAGCUUGUAAUCGUUUUUUGCUAACCGAAGUUUCCCGUUGCUUGGAGUACGAAAUUAAAUCCGUCAAUAGUCGAGGACCACUUUCACAGCUUGUGAAUAGUUUCGCUGUGAUAGAGAUCCGUACGUACAGAUGCAGUAUCUGUGGUGUUACAUCUGAAAAGGAACAAACAUCGUAUCCUGUUUUAGAUCUGCAAUAUCCUUCACAUCAAUUGGAAACCGUUGUUUCCUUUGAAUGGUUACUGAAGCUGAGUUUUGACCAACGAAUUGAUUUGUCGCCUCGGUGGUGCAAUCAUUGCAAAAGUCAUCAACCGUUCCUUAUGCGUAGCACCGUAAAGGAACCACCUCCAGUAUUUUUCAUCCAUACGAAUAUUCAAAGUGAGAAGCAAUGGAAUCUUUGGGCUAGAAAGGAUUGGCUCCCUACCGAACUUUAUUUCUAUACUAUAAACGAUUCUUUGCAAUGCGUUCCUCGGAAACAAGUGAAUAUUCUUGGACUUCCAAAAUCAAAAUUAAUGCUUUAUCGUUUACGAGGAGCCGUUCAUGAGAUACGUGAUGAUACUUCUUCGCGGUCGCAUUUUGUUUCUGUUAUUCGAGUUUCAGACAACUUAGCACGUAAUGACAACGACGACUGUUACAUUUUUAAUGACUUUUUGGUGAAAAAGAUUAGCACUGAGGAGGCACUGACGGUGCACGGACAGUGGAAGGUUCCUGCAGUCCUGUGUUUUGAGCGUGUCAAUUUUGAAAUGCCAGAGAUGCAUGAGGAACCAGACUCGUCCAUCUUACACAAACCAUAUUCAGUGAAUGAGCCUUCCCCAGAGUUAAAUAAAACAGUUCCUCUAAAAGAAGAUGAACACUUGGGACCCAAUAGUAUUAUUGGUAUAGAUUCUGAAUUUGUUGCUCUUCAGCCUGAGGAAACUGAGGUUAGGAGCGACGGAUCAAAAGCUACCGUGAAACCAAGUAAGCUUUCCCUGGCUCGAGUUUCGGUGGUCCGUGGUGACGGACCCUUAAAAGGCGUUGCUUUCAUUGAUGACUAUGUCGCGACAGAGGAGCACAUCGCGGAUUAUUUGACGGAGUUUUCCGGAAUACACCCUGGUGAUUUGGAUCCAAAAACAUCUCGUCAUUCUCUUGUUCCAUUAAAGAUUGCGUACAAAAAACUUCGUAUGCUUGUUAAUGCUGGAUGCAAAUUUGUGGGCCAUGGAUUACAGAAAGAUUUCCGUAUCAUCAAUAUUCUUGUUCCACCAUCGCAAGUUAUCGAUACUGUUGACUUGUUUUUCAUCGCAUCUCGGCAACGAAAACUAUCACUAAAGUUCUUGGCUUGGUACCUGUUGGAUGAAGAUAUCCAGUUAGAAGAACAUGAUUCUAUAGAGGAUGCACUAUCUGCAUUAAAACUUUAUGACUGCUACAAUAACUUGCGUUCCUCACUCACAUUUGAAAAGACGCUCGAAGAGAUCUACGAUGUUGGACGGCUUCACAAAUACCGGCCACCUUCAAGUGUAUCUGCAAUGGAAAAGUCCAUAGAGAUUGAAGAACCGUAGAAAUAGUUUCAGUCAACUGGAACUUUGUAAAAGAUAUUAAAUGAAGUUUUAAUGCAUCUGAUCGUUUACGGUCCUUAAAUAAGCGGG